AUGGAGAGUACAGUAUUGGUCACUUUCCUUGUAUCAUUUUCCAUACUGCUGUGUGAAAGUUAUCACCGUGGAGUGGAGACAGCUACUGUUGUGCAUACAUUAGAGAGGACUUUUCCAGAAAAGGCGGCUGGCAUUAAUUUUGACUUGGCAGGAUUAAUACAGAGGUUUCACCUCCAAGAACUUUUUCAUCGUUAUGGAGAAAACAACUCUCUGUCAGUUGAAGGGUUUAGAAAGCUGCUCCAGAACAUAGGUAUAGAUAAAAUUAAAAGGAUUAAAAUAGAUCAUGAUCAUGACCAUGAUCAUCACCUUCAUCACAAUCAUGUUUUGUUGAGUAAAAACUCAGAGAAGACUGUUCGCCCAAACCACGAAUCUGAUGCUAACAAAGAGCACAGGAACAGUCACUCAAAGGAACCUCAUAAAGUGGAGAAUGUAGAACAUCAGCAGAACUUUGUACGCAGCAAGAGCACAGUUAAUGAAAUAACGGCACCUAUCGUCGCUGCGCCCACAGAUGGCCACUCUGAAUUACAGAAUGUGCAAGCUGGACAAGUCAAGACAGUUGCUCGUUUAAGUCUGACCAGCUCUAGUGCUGUUAAUGUCACAGGUGGCAGCAAUGCAAGCUGGCUUGCUAACAGCAAAGCAAAUGAAUCUCAUACUUCUCCCAAGGAAUCAGAAAGAGGAAGUUACCUAUAUUCUAAAUUGAAACCCCAAAAUACUCAGGAGUGCUCCAGUGCGUCAAAACUGAUGCAGUCCCAUGGAAUAGGCACUCAGGUAUUGUUGACUGCUACGGAAUUUAGUUACCUCUGUCCAGCCCUUAUUAAUCAGAUUGAUGGCAAAUACUGCAUAGUUCAUGCAACUAGUGAAAAAGCUGAAACUCCUCCAAAAGGUUACUCUCUGCAAAUAGCUUGGAUUGGUGGCUUUAUAUCCAUUUCCGUCAUCAGUUUUCUGUCCUUAUUGGGUGUUAUAUUGGUACCACUGAUGAAUCGUGUAUUUUUCAAAUUUCUUCUAAGUUUUCUUGUGGCAUUGGCUGUGGGGACUUUGAGUGGAGAUGCUUUCUUACACCUCCUUCCACACUCUCAUGGAAACCAUCACCAUCACCACGAAAAACCUCUGCUUGAACAAAACAAAGGCUCUACGUUCAAACAUCUUGUUUUUCAAAGCAUAGAGGAGAGUGCUUACCUGGAUUCUACGUGGAAGGGACUUACAGCACUUGGAGGCUUGUAUUUCAUGUUUCUAGUGGAGCACUUGAUCACUUUAAUAAAGCAGUUUAAAGACAAGAAGAAAAAGAAAAAGAAUGAAGAUGAUGGAGAAAGUAAGAAGUUUUCAACGAAUGAAGAAAAGUUAGAUACAGAUGAUCGGCCUGAGGGGUAUCUAGGGACAGACUCUCAAGAGCCAUCGCCCUUCAUUUCUCAGCAGCCAAUUGUACAAGAAGAAGAAGAAGAAGUGAUGAUAGCUCAUUCUCGUCAAGAGGAGAUUGACAAUGAAUAUGUUUCCAGGGGCUGUAGAAACAAAUGUCAUUCUCACUUACAUGAUACUCUAGGACAGACAGAUCAUCUUAGUCAUCAUCACCAUGACUACCAUCAUAUUCUACAUCACCAUCAUCAUCAGAACCAUCAUCCCCACAGUCACAGUCAGCGCUACUCGCGUGAAGAACUGAAGGAUGCAGGAAUAGCAACUCUGGCAUGGAUGGUGAUUAUGGGAGAUGGACUACACAAUUUUAGCGAUGGCCUAGCAAUUGGAGCAGCCUUUACUGAAGGGUUAUCUAGUGGUUUAAGCACUUCUGUGGCUGUAUUUUGCCAUGAAUUACCUCAUGAGCUAGGAGAUUUCGCUGUACUUCUAAAAGCUGGUAUGACUGUCAAGCAAGCUGUGCUCUAUAAUGCUCUGUCAGCUAUGCUGGCCUAUCUGGGAAUGGCAACCGGGAUUCUUAUCGGUCAUUAUGCAGACAAUGUUUCAAUGUGGAUAUUUGCACUUACUGCUGGCUUGUUCAUGUAUGUGGCUCUUGUGGAUAUGGUGCCUGAAAUGCUCCACAAUGAUGCCAGUGAUCAUGGAUGUAGCCGCUGGGGAUACUUCCUGUUACAGAACGCUGGCAUUCUGUUGGGUUUUGGGAUAAUGCUGCUCAUCUCUGUAUUCGAACAUAAGAUUGUAUUCAGCAUAAACCUGUAA